AUGGAGAUACUUGCAGCAACUAGAGGUGCGUCUGGAGCAUCCUCUUCAAACGCUGCUCAACCAAAUGCUGAAUGGAGCUUGGAGAGUUUCCUCCAACACCAUCCGGCUAAGUUCAGUGGGAAGGGUCUCCCAGAUGAAGCAGAUCAAUGGUUAAGGGAUAUAGAGAAAAUUUUCAAUGCCAAGAUAUGCCCAGACGAGAAUAGAUUAGCGUACGCGGAGUAUCUGUUGACGGGAGAAGCAAGUCAUUGGUGGACGAGCGCGAGAGCCAUUCUCGCAGACGCACAACAGCCGGUCACUUGGGGAGUGUUUAGGGCUAAGUUUUAUGAAGAAUAUUUUCCGGACAGCGUUCGGUUUGCGAAGGAGGUGGAAUUUCUACAACUAGUUCAAGGGGGUAUGUCUGUUUCCGAAUACACCAAUAAGUUCAAGCACCUCGUCAGAUUCAAUACCAUGGCCACGAGUGAAGUGUGGCAGUGUAGAAAGUUUGAAAACGGAUUGCGAAGCGACUUGAAAGUAUUGAUAUCCAGUUUGUGUAUCCGAACGUUCCCUGCUAUGGUUGAGAGAGCCAAGGUCUUGGAGAGGAACAUGGCAGAAGCGGAACGUCAGAAGAGGUCGCAACAAGUGAGUAGAGGACCAAUCGUGUCCAGGGGAGGAGCUGUACAGAGGAGACCUCCUUACGCUCGUCCAAAUCAGUCUUCUCAGACGAGCGGAUCUCAAGCAGUAGUUCCUGUCGGACAGUCUGGGCAGGGAGGUGUCGUUUGUUUCCGGUGUGGAGGGCCACAUUAUAGGUCUUCAUGCCCUCAGUUGGUGGGAGUCAAGCACUGUAAUAGUUGUGGUAGAAACGGACAUUCGGAUCAUGAGUGCAAUAUGAGUGGGCAUGCGGUGAUGAGGCCACCCAAUGCUGGAAGGAAUCAGGCGAGAGGUGAUCGAGCCCAAGCUACUGGACGGGUAUAUGCAAUCACUGGAGCGGAGGCAGCGAGCUCAGGUACGCUUGUCACUGGUACUUGCCUAGUUCAUGGAAUACCUUGCUGUGUGUUAUUUGAUUCUGGGGCGACACACUCCUUCAUCUCGAAGGCAUGUGUUGAAAAGCUGGGGAUUGUGGAGAGAGAUAUGCAGUUCGACUUGGUGGUAUCAACACCAGCGGCUGGAGAGCUUAGGACAUCUACCGUGUGCAUUAGAUGUCCUAUUGUGGUUGAGGGGCAUAGCUAUAAGGUGAACUUAAUUUGUUUACCUUUGAAGGACUUGGAAAUCAUUCUAGGGAUGGAUUGGUUGGCUGCCAACCACAUUCUCAUAGAUUGUGGUAAUAAGGAGUUAGUAUUUCCGGACGAAGAUGAAGAAUGCGUAGGAUGUCUUUCCAGAAGAGAUCCUUGGACUACCUCCUGUGCGUGA